UAUUCUACAUAAAAUCCGUGUUGUCUAUAUAAUAAUGACUGUUUUUAAUUUAUCAACAUUUUUAUGCGCUGUAUUUUACAAAUUUGUAAAAAAUGUUCAUCGAAUCUGCCUGCUUGAAUUGCCGGAUGACAUCAGAUUUUGUUGGGAAGCGGGAAAAUAGAAAGGGCUCGCGUCGAGUGUUUGUUAUGAAGAUAUUUAUAAACACAGAAAAGCAACUAGACUAAUUUAACGUCGUUUUUGUUUUACGUUGCAUCUUUAAAAUUAACCACCACUUUUAAGUAAUGUUGCUCUGUGUUGAAGGUUUUACUGGCUGGGUUUAGGCUGGUAACCGUUAGGGGCUGUAACUUUUACAUUAUGAAGCACGAAUCUUUCUCCAGGUGUAAGGAUCGAGAUACAAAACUGGAACAGAUUGUUGCAUCAUCUAAAAGCAAAAUUAAACCAACCUGUGAUGUCCUCCAAAACAAACCCUUCAAAGGCAGAAUAUUUUACCUUGAUCUGCCAUGGAAUAGGAGAACACAAACCUUAGAAAACGACAUCAGAAAUCUUGGUGGGACAGUGGAGAAGUUCUUCAGUAAGGAGAUCAAGUAUCUUGUGUCCAGUAAGCCAGAGGCUCGAUAUGCCCAGCGUCUGCUUUUGGACUCGCCAGCGCCCAGCCCGGAUUCAGGUGUCAGCUCUCCUCAUCCCAGCAGCAGGAGGGACAGCCAUGGACACAGAGGAAGCUCACAGGGAGCCACAGACACGGCAACUGUAAGUCGAGGAAAGUCACUCGUAGAGAAAGUAGUCAAGGAACAAGAACGCAUUCAGAUGAAUGGAAUCUUGGCUAAUGCUGUUGAAUGGGGUGUCAAAAUCCUUCUUGUUGACGAUGUUAUUUCGUACAUUGACAAGAAAAAAGCAAAGAUCAUUCCCAUGAAAGCAGCUGAUCCAGUCAUAAAAGGAGCUGCCAAAGUCAAACCCACGGAGAAAAAUACAUUUCAUAGACACGGUGCAGGUAGAAUAAGUCGUCCAUUUGUGAAAGUAGAAGACUCAAGCAGGCAUUAUCGACCUAUCUACCUCCAUAUGUCCAAAAUGCCUGCGUGCAACCUACAGUCUGCUCCACCCUGCAGUCCAUUCUUGGUGGAGGACCACGGAAAAGAUGAUGGGAAGAAGAAACUGAAAGAUGAGAGGUCUGGGGGUGAACGAGCUGCAAAAGGAAAGAAAGAUAGACGAAAAGUGCAUGAAGGGAGAGAGAAAAGGAAAGGAGGAUACUGUGAGUGCUGUGAGGUCAAAUUCGACAACCUAAAGGCGCACCUUGAUGGCACGCAACAUCAGACUUUCUCUAAGAGUGAGGAAUAUGCAGUUGUGGAUCAGGUCAUCGCGGGACUCACAUGUGAUUUUACAAACAUCAGCACACAAACUAAAAGGGUGAAAUGCAGUGUAUCUACCCCAAUCCUGCAUGCAUCAACCAUGUUUGUGAUGAAGGAUGACAUUGAAGCUGUGGGUGGUGAUGGAAAACCAAGAAGCGAGGGAUUUUUACUUUUGGACUCUACACCUAAACAGCCUCUGUCUGACCAGACCAGAGAUAAAACUCAGCUUGUUCGUAAACGCAGCCGGGGCCAAUGUGAGUUCCCAUGGAGCAAUAGAGACAGCUUACUGGACCCAUCUGAUGUUCCAGAGAGGUCCCAAUCCAAACGUGGAUCUUUUGAGUGGGAAUUCCGCUCACAACCUGGUAUACGAAGAUAUGAACGUAGAUCUUUACUCGGCGGAGAGAAGCUCUAUGCCUCUUAUACACUUGAAAAUAGGACACACCACGAUAUAAACCCGAGUCAACAAUUAAGUGAAGGAAAUGUAGAAUCCAUACCAGGAAGGACUAACUGCAGUGAAAUGUACACAAACAGCAUGCAGGAAAAUCAAGCUGAAGCUUCAGCUUUUUGGCCUUUAGCCAGUACAGAACCUCAGCCAGACCCGGACAGCCCUUCUAGUUCACUGCAGCGAAAGGUUCGAAAUGUCAGACCGAGAAAAAGAAAGGAAACACCAGCCCUACAUAUACAAUCCAGUAAAAAGGAAGAAGAAUCCUUGAGCUCUUUUUCGCCUGUUAAUGCUGUACAGCAGUGUGAAAAAGCCUCUGUGUGUGCCCUGGACCUGUGGCAGCUAUUUCAGUCCAGCGACAACAUGGAUGAUGAAUUUAAAGGUUUUUCAGAUGAAUAAAGCAGGUUCGAGGAAUACAAAUCAAAGUGGCAAUAAGCGAACAUAUGUGUUCUUAAAGAUGGGAAGUAAUAUAUAUUCAUAGAUAUGUUUUCUUUAAUCAGUAGGAUGCAAGAUUAAACUCUUAACCACAUAGACUUUAAAAUAAACCCUUGGUCAUAAACUCAAAGAAAUACUUUUGGUAAUACCUGCUGAUUGAAAAAAACUUUUUUUGUUGUUUAUUGAAUAUGUACAUAUAUAUUGUGAAUGUAAUAGAAUCACAGAUAACAGCAUGCAGCUUAUCUUUAUAUGAUUUUUUGGUUCCUUUAAUAAAUUGCCAUUUAUUUUUACAUUA